UGGCAAUACAAUUUUCCUCGUGUACAGUUUUUUGUUUCCAAACAUUACAGUAGUUUGAAAAAAAAAUUUUUUUUUUCUUGUUAAGGAAAAUAACAAAAAAUAUAUCAUAUUUUUUAGAUCUUCGGUGUUGUAGUAAAUUUUUAUAGUUUUUAAAAUUUUAUUCAUUCUUAAUAAUAUUUUUAUUUUUCUGAAAUUUACCUAGGAAGACAUCGCUCCAUCCACUCCUUGCUUUUGAAUACAGUAACUUCAAACUAGAAGAACCACUCUUAAUAUUUAAAUUAUGGCAGAGCGUGUGCACUUACGUCUUGAGCAAACUCUCCCUGAGCUUGAAGAAAUGGGAAGAGUUGGACUGUUUUCACCUGAAGAAAUUCGAAAAAUAAAGAAAAAACGGGAAGCUUUUGAAUACAAGCUUCGUCGUAAUCUUAAAAGAAAAGAAGACUUCUUAAAAUAUAUUGAAUAUGAAAUGAAUCUCCUGAGUCUUAUAUCCAAGAGAAGGGAUAGGUUACUUUGUGAAUCUAAAAAGAAAGAAAUUGAUAUCAAGAUUGCAAAGAGAAUCAGUAAAUUGUUCAAUGCAGUAAUAUCCCGUUUUCCUGAUGAUCAGAAAUUACGUUUGGAUCAAAUUCAAUUUUGCAAGAAAAUGAAAUGGUAUGACAACAUUAAUGUUCUUCAUACUCAGAUGUUGAAAGUUCACUCAAAAGUUCCUAAUUUAUGGGUUAUGGCUGCAAAAUAUGAGUUUGAAGAAUCUAAAUCACCUGAGAAUGCCAGGAAACUCUUGCAGCGAGGUGUUUUGAUAAAUUCAAAGGCAAAAAUUUUGUGGCGUGAAUAUUUUCGAAUGGAACUGAUGUAUACAGAUCUGAUCCGUAAAAGAAGAGAAGUGCUUCAACUACAAAAAAUGGAGGAUCCUGAUUUAGAAGAAGAUGAUGUAGUUUUGAAUGGAAAAAUCCCUAACGUUGUAUUUGACAAAGCUAUUGAGGAAAUAGAUGAUGAUGUGGAGUUUGCUUUAUCAUUCAUUCAGAUUUGCUUAGAAUUUGAUUUUACUGCAAAACAUAUUGAACACAUUUUUGAAAAAGUCUUAGAAAAGUUUCCAGAUAAAGAAGAAACAUUAGAUGCUCUUGCAAAACAACCUUUACUGCACAUAGAGGACAAAAUAAAGAAAGGCAAAGAACAGGGGAUAAAGAAAAAAGUUACAUUAUCAAGAAUAAACGAGGAAAUCUUUUCAAAAUAUGAAGAGGCUGUCAAAACUCUCUCUACAGAAAAAAUGUGGAAUCUAUAUAUUGAUUUUGUUUUAAACUUGAUCAAGUCUUCAAAGGAAAAUAGAAGAAGUUUACUUCAAGAUAAAGUUGUUAAAAUUAUGGAAAGAGCAGCUUCUUAUGAACAAUUAUCAGCAAUUUACUACUCAGAAUGGAUCGAGCUUCUUUUUGAAAGAGGUGAUGAAGGCGAAGGACUAUCUAUUUCUCUGGAAGCUGCUCGCAAAUUUAACACAGUUGAUUUAUGGUUCAAAACACUAACUUUUCAUAUUCAACUAUUGCACCCAACUAAGCAAAUAUAUAAGUAUCUACUUGAAGCUCUGAACACAGUGCCUGAAAAGGACUCAGUCAUUUUAUGGAAGUUAGGAGUUGAAUGGUUAUCUGCUUUAGAUCCAGAAAAGUUGAUUGAAUUUUUUGAGACUGGAAUUAAAAAACCUAAAGAAAUCUCUGUUCCACUUAAGGAAAUGUACUUAGAAGCUACAGCAAUCCAAUCUGGUAUUGAGGCAACUAGGAAAUUAUAUAAAAAGUUUAAAAAGUUGGGACCUAUAUCUCAUCAUAUUGUCAAAAAAAUGAUAUUGAUUGAAAAUGGACAAAUGAACUCCUCUAUUGAUUUGUUAAGACAAUAUUAUGAAGAUGGCAUUCAAGAAUUCGGCGCCACAAAUAUUGAUAUAUGGUUAGACUACAUGAAGUUAGAACUAGAACAUAAAGAUGGAAAUUCUGCAAACUAUGCUACUGUUCUUUGGAGAGCUAAAAAGAUGCUGCAACCUGAAUAUGUAGGAGAUUUUCAAACACGUUUAACUGAAUUUAUGUCUGGAAGCCACUCAUGCAACGAUAUAGAGAUUGAGGCAUAAUACAUUGUCAUGCAGAUUGUAAAUAUCAUUUGUACUGUGUACAUAAUUAUCCUAUGUACAUAAAUUUCUUUCAUGUUUAGAAAUGAAUGAUAAUAAAAAAAAAAAUUAAUGUCU